CAACGACAAAACGGCUAUACUAUUCAUUUAUAUAUACGUUUCCCUCCUUUAAAUCCCAAAUUUUCUCUCUCAUUCUUUUAAUUUCUUCUACUAAUGGCGUAACACUUGUUCAUGAUCUUCAAAAACCCUCCAAAAAUGGCGGGUUUUUACCAAUCUUUAAGAAGAAAUUCAUCAUUUUCUUCCACAAUUCUUUCUUCUUGUUAUUCAUCUCAACAACACUUUCUUUAUAAACUCAUCUUCUUCCUUACUUUCCUUCCUCUGUUUCUUGCUCUGUUUGCCUUCUUCCUUCAAUGGCGAGGCAGCGGUAUCGACCCGAUUACUUGGUGGUCCUUUGAUCAUACCAAAGAGUUUCCUGGAAUGCUUGAUUCCCCUUUUAUCAAAUCAUCAUCUUUUGAUGAUAAUAAUAAUUGCUCCAAUAAUGCAUCGGGUCAAACCAAUUCCCCUGUUUUUCCUUAUUUCAGAGGCUGGAAUUUUAAUUAUAAUGAUUCUACUAUUAGUCCCAAGGCAUGUAUUACGUCAACUACUUCAGCUGGCCUAGAACAAGUGCUACCAUGGAUCUUUUAUCAUAAGGUUGUCGGCAUCACAAACUUUAUCCUCUUUGUGGAAGGGGAGGCUGCGAGCACCAACGUAUCUAGAGUCCUUGAGUUUAUUCCUGGGGUACAGGUGAUCUACAGAACAAAAAAAUUAGAGGAACAACAGGCUAAGAGUCGAAUAUGGAGUGAGUCAUGGCUUUCAAGCUUUUUCUACAAACCAUGCAACAAUGAGCUGUUCGUGAAGCAAACCCUCAACAUGGAAAUGGCUAUUGGCUUAGCAAGAGAUGCUGGCAUGGAGUGGAUUUUCCAUCUUGACACUGAUGAGCUCCUGCAUCCUGCUGGAACACAAGGUUACUCUGUGAGUGAGUUACUGACUGAAGUUCCAGCAGACGUUGACAUGGUUAUUUUUCCGAAUUAUGAAAGCUCUGUUGAACGAGAUGACAUUAAAGAACCUUUCAGUGAGAUUUCAUUGUUCAAAAAGAACUUUGAUCAUCUUCCAAAGGAAACUUACUUUAGAUUCUACAAGGAAGCAACUCGGAGUAACCCAAAUUAUUUUCUGACUUACGGAAAUGGAAAAGCAGCUGCAAGAAUUCAAGAUCACCUUCGCCCCAAUGGAGCUCAUCGAUGGCAUAACUACGAUAAAACACCAAAAGAGGUGAAAAUGGAGGAGGCUGCAGUUUUGCACUACACUUACUCUAAAUUCUCCGACUUGACCUCAAGGCGUGAUAGGUGUGGUUGCAAGCCUACAAAGGAGGACUUGAAAAGAUGCUUCAUGUUGGAAUUUGAUAGAUCAGCAUUUAUUAUUGCCUCCACUGCCACUGAAGAAGAAAUGCUCCAAUGGUACCAGGAACAUGUAGUGUGGAAUGAUGUAGCAGCGAAACUCAAACUUCUGAAGUAUGGCAUUUUUGUUCGCAUUUAUGCUCCUAUGGACAUAAUUCAGGGAUUAAGGGAAUCCGGGGUCUUUGCUUCUGUUAUUGAGUCAGCACUGACCGCUCCAUCCAAGAGAAGCAAUGAUUCUCUAGACAAUGUCGACGUAAAAAAAAUGUAUUUAAGGGAGCUUGAUAUCAAUAUCACAGAAACCGCACGAAGACUCCUGGAAGAAACUGGUGGACAUGAUAGCUUUCAAGCAAUCCCACCUUUUUCUCCACCAGGCUUCAACGAUGUAGAUGUGAUCGUAUCAGCAUAGGAUGCUCUUAACAGAAGCAAUGGCUCCUGCAGAGAUGUUUGAUGUAGGAAAAACGUUUUUGAAACAGAUUGACUUCAAAUCUACAAAGAACACACAAGAUCCUGGAGGAAACUGGAUGAAGAACUUUCAAGCAACCCCACCCUUCUCUCCCCCAGGCUUUGGUGAUGUUACAGAACAAAAAUAGGUGCGAAUCAUAGUACAAUUUUUUGACAGGUUUUCAUUCUUUACCUCAUUGAUUGGUUGGCGGGUAAACAGAUAUGUACAUUGCAGGUUAGAUAAUACAAUACUGUGCAGUACUAGUAUUUUAGAGAGGCUAAUUGGAAUAAAACAAUACACAUUUUCAUACCAAUAGAAUUAGUUCAUAACAUUGAUCAUAGAAAGAUUUUAACCAUGUACAACUAACACAAUUUUCAGAACAGAAGAGAUUAAGAUGGAGUACUCUGACUA